AUAUAAAGUUGUACCAUAACGUUAAAGGCAAAAACUAAAAGGCAAAAUACACUUCCAUAGCCAUAACUAUCCACUUAAUGACAAUAAUAUCCAAUUUUUAAAUAUACACUAAUAUAGCCACACUUUUGAAAUUAAAUUGACAAAUUUAGCCAUUUUCGUUAAAUACAUUAACACCGUCAAUAACACCGUUAAAAAUGUUAACUGCAAGUUUGACUUUGACGCCACAUCAGCGCCACUCCUCAUAUGAUUACCACAUCAGAAAAUAAAAAAUAAUUAACUUUUUUUCUUUCCAAAUGAAUAUGAAAAUCUCUUAUUCGCUUCCCUUCCUCUUCCUUUCUUCUCGUUCUCUCAUAUCUCCAGCCAGAUCUACGAUGCAUCCCCGUCGUGUCAUGUCGUCCGCCUCAGCUACCCCCGGUGUCGCCGCUCGCAUCGUCUUAGCCCGACCAUGGCCCCGAAAUUGGCAUCGACACCUCCACUCCUCCUUCAAUUUCUUCUCCCCGAACACCUUUCAUCUUCCAGUGCGUGGAUAUUCACCUCUAUCCUCCAAUACCUCCGCAAAUCUCUCCCUCUCGCUCUCCCUACUCCGCCUUAGCUGAAGGAGGCGCAACAGGACUACAAUGUCCGCUACUUCCCCGUCGACGAGAAGGAGCAAAGGGAGGCAAGUAACAUCGAAGGAAGUCGAUGACGAGAGGAAGCAGGAGGAGGUCGGCGCUGUCGUCUGCCUUCUUCAUCGACGACGGGCGGUCAUUCAAAAGGUCUUGACGGUGAUGGAUUUUGAAAUCCCCAAUCUAGGAACCCUAAUCUUUUCGUGGAGAAAUCCCUAAUCAGCCAAUCAUAAUCGCUUCGUUUGUGAAUAUUGUUUGAGUUUUGAGUAAUGGUCGCUGAAAAUUUGACCUCGUCAUUUACGAUCGCCGAACCUGCCAUCAAUUUUCAUCUCCCUCCCGACGGCGGGGCCAAUCUCCGGAGCCUACUUCACCAACUAUGCGUCACCCGCGAUGAGUUGUGCAGUGGCUUGGGCUUGACGACGAGGGACACCUGUUCGUGGUGCUAAGGAGGGUUCACGACGAAGGUGUUCGAUUUCCUAGAGCUAGAGGGCAUGGGAAGUUUUUGCGAUGCUGGUGUCCAUGGAGGGGUACAGUGUAGGAGGAAGAGAGAGUACGAGGAAGGUGAAAGGUGGGGGGAGAGAUGAUGCUUUUUACUUUUUUUUAUUAAUUGAAUUAAAAUAGAAGGAAAAAAUAUAAAUAGAUAAGUUAAUG